CACCUUAGCCAGGUAUUGUUACUGUGGCUCGAGGCUCGUAACGAGUCGUAUCUCCUAUCGUCGUUGGAUAUAGCGGAAGCUUUGCACUAACAUCCAAUUCAACAUCGAGCUCUGACUUAUCUCGGAUCUGCAGCGGAAGAGGGGCAUCUUGGGUUCAUCCAAAGACUGGGGUUCCUCUAGAACUUGCUCUUUUCAGGUAAGCACUGCCAGCGCAAUCGGCUAAGCGAAGGGUGCGCACCCCAAAACUGUACUCGACUAGUCAUGUGUAGAUCUUGAUCAUUUCGUCAAGCAGUACUGCCUCCUUCAGUUGCUCCAGGGGCAUGGUUCCUGUAGAGUAUAAGAUGCUAACUGACCGAUGCGUAGCCUGUUUGUACUUUCGAGCUUCCCUCGGGUGUUUCAAGACCGGAAAAUACGCCCAUACGAUACGAAGGCGAUCCAUCGAUCAGUUCGCGGGCUGAGCUAGCUGCAGCUCCAUAGCUACCCAUGACGAUGUUCCGGGCUGUGGACCCAUUGGCCCCUUACGCGAAGGACCGGCAACCAAUGUGGAAGGACGAUGGCGGCGCCAUGGCGUUAGACCGAGUUGGGGGAAACGCGUGGGUAAUGGUUCACGCUGGUGAUGUGAGGGAGAAGUCGUCGGCAACAUCCUCGCACGCUGCCGAAGCCACCAUAAAACAGGACGAACCAGACGAGGCCGUUGCCGUCCCUACACCUAUCGGCUGCUGGAAGGUCAUCUCGCCUGAGGGCCGCGAAGAACGCGUCUUUGGGCCCAUCCGCGGCUUCGAACACCUGUGCAACGGCCCUGCAGAGUCGCAGGGAGUAAUCUGUCUGGCAGAUUCGCCUAAAAGCAUCCCUACGCCAGCCUACCAGACUGCCGUGGCCCAGGUACCGGCUAAGUCUGGAGAUACUCAACCCAAGAGCCGGAAAAGAACUCGGUCACGUGCAGAAGAAUCGCGUCAAGGCGCAGCUCAGCAUUGCAGCGAGGAUGGAGAUGACGAGCAGUAUGACGACAGAGAUGUCCCUAUGGCUACGCAGAAGUCAUACACCUUCUACAUUGGCGAUGUGAAGCCGUUGAUGGGCUUCUUCCACCGACGACUCGAUGAGCUCACCAUGAAGCCAGUGCGGCCCAUCGUCACGGCUUGGGUAAAGCAAUUGGAGCCUAAGCGUCUCAGCCUGUACGGGCCCUACCACAAGAAGCUGCCUAAUGAGCAGUCCCCUGAAUGCACCCCACCUUGGUGGCCCCACGAUGUGCCCUACGAGGAACCCUCACAUCUGGACAAGGCGGGCCUUCUGAAACUAGCAGUCGAUCUCAUGCUUCAGCACCGCAGAAUCGACGAGGCCAAGCGUAGGAGUCCAUGGGUCGCUAAGCUCAAACAUGCCGCGCAGUAUGCCGUUGAGACCACGCCGCCAGAUCAAUUCUCCUCGUCGAAAGGAUCCAGGUUCAGUGAGCGGAUGCAAGGCCGAGCUCUAUCCGAGAUUCUACCGAAUUUGUUCGACAUCGCGCAACUGUACGAGAAUCACAUCUUCAACUACAACCUCUUCGAAGGCACAAACAACCAAGAUCCCCGUAGAGGCACGCAUGUGACUUGGCAGCCAUUGACGAGACCGCCCCGCCAGCAACCCGUACCCAGGAAGCGCUUUCGACGGGCCAGGGCCACUCCACCUCCGAGGAUAGAGCUUGACGCCGACGUGUCUGGCAACGAGACCGAGGUUGACAACACCGCCACUGAGUUGCACCUGCUACGGGAGGAGAAGGUCCAUCGACCACAAACAUCCCAACAGCAAGUGCAAGCCCCCAUUCGAGGACCGGAAGUGUCGCAACCCCAACACAUGCACUCAUGUAGCUCUACCACGACGCCCAACACCUCCUUUGGUCAAUCGAUGUACUCUCUUCAUCUAGAUGAGGGCAUGGAUCUAGACGUCAAGGUGGCCAACCACAUUCCGUAUCAUGACCAGACCGGCAGUCAAAGCGACUUCCAAUGCAGGCAACCAACGCACUACUGUACCAGUCCCUCAGGCUACCACCAUGUCCCGCAGCCUCGACAGGUUCCUGGCUCAUCCAACGUAGUCCCAGUGUCCACACCUGCAUACCACCAGCCGUUCACCAUCUUCGACGCACCGUACUAUAACCAGGGCGAGAGUAACGCGUUCAGCAGCAAUACCGGAUAUCCUUACGAGUAUGACAUGUUUGUCCCAUCGUUCUUCGACGGCUUACCGCACUUAUCCAGCAUUGGCUGUGAGUCGGAAGGCUCUCAUCAUCAAUCGCCUGCAACUUAG